GGAGUGUUUGUUAGGAUGAAAUACAUGUCCGUCUUUUCGCAAACUGCAACGGUCGACGAUCCGCUGGUCCGCGUUUACGGAUCGUCAAUGAAUGCUUUGUAUGGCUACGGUUCGCGACCUCGUCCCCGAGGAACCGCGAUUGUCACAAGAUUUUGACGUGUGGUUGGACAUACUGCUUAAGCGAAAAGAAGGGAGACGAGUGAGAGGCUUGUGUGCUGCCGAACAUAGCAAAGUUUUAGUAGUGGAGAAAGACAGUAUGACUUCUUCCAAGGGCGAGGUGGAACCAACAGGGACCUCCGGGAAGGAAUCACGAAAAGAUUCCACGAGGCGGUCGUCUACUGCCACGCAGGGGUGGUCGAACCAUUCGAGGUCGAAAUGGUUCAUCGACUGGUGCUGUGGAGACGCUUCCAACCCCACUGCGCAGCCAUGUGGUCCUGUCAUCUUCAUCGAUGAAAGCAGAAGGCGUAGAGUGCUUGGUGCCGUCCUGCGGUGGGAGGACGCAAAGGGGGGCCGGUGGCAUUUCUAUAUGCAGAAAGUUUAUGGCGCCAAGGGCAACGUCGUUGCCAAUUCGAAAGGGACGUUGUUGGACCUCGAAUUGUGUGAGGGGUUCGGAGCGGGUGCUGUGAACACCCCGUUCUACAGAGAACUCAUUCUCAGGGGCGGUUUUGUUUUGGCGCGUGAAUUUUUCGACAUGUUGGAGGACAAAAACAUCGCUCUAGAUGUCCCCUGCGACGUCAACCCAUCCCUGGAGUUGUCGUUGCCGUUGAAGCUGUGCAGCGGUUGCGAGUCAAGCGGGGCAGGGGCGGAGGGCGGUGAUCUGGGUUCUGGUCCCGCCACUCAGCUGCAUCGUGGCGAGAGUCGAGGUCAGUUCAAUGACAGCGAGGAUGAGGGGACUGCUCCGCCGUUGAGUGACACGCGGCGGUCUGUGUUGUCUAUUCCUGGGGUUCAGACUGAUGCUCCAGUUCAGCGGAAGAGUACGGGGCCUGCAAUACAGGUGGCGGCCUAUUCGGAGGUCGACUUGGAGGCGAGCGAGGGACAGGGUGUGGAGGAGGUGGACGCGGGAGGCCUGGGCUCGCAAGGAGCUCCGCAAAAGAGGAGGGGGGAUCGUCCAGACGAGUUCGCCGGUCCUACGAAGAAGUUAAAGAGCAAGCCCCCCAGGACUGCGGGGGAGAAACGCAAGGGGACCGAGGGGGAGCAGGGCCGGCAGGUUGCCAAACGACCGUCUUCGAGACAGAAGCAGCCUGAGUCUGGACCGUCUUCUCCACUGACAACAGGGACUCCCAUCGACGUCGACGCCGGGUACUUCCCCGAGUACAAAGACGGCGUUCGGACAAAGCGGGAGUUCGACAUUAGCCCUGCGCAGGUCGUCGACCUCGGGGACUGGGAGGACCUGUACAACCAGCGGUCCCUGGAUCCCGUGCUCGUGGAAGGGAUCAAAGAAGCGAUGCGGUUGGCGUUCGAAAACAAAGCGCAGUCUUACGAUUUACCAAUCCUGAAACUGGCACCGCUAGGGCUUGAUAAACCGACUCCGGGGACCAAAGCAGAACGUCUGAGACCGGAGGAUUGGAGGGAUGAGCUGGCGGGACAAUACUACUACUACGCGGUGUGUGGGCAGCACAACGCGGCUGCAGCGAGGUCGCUGCUCGGCAGCGAGGUGGCCAGGAAAUACAAUUUCGAGCGGUGGCCUGCACGAAUGGUCUACUUUUCGAAUGACGACUUCGAAGGGUACUUCCUUGUCAGUUCCCAGGACAACAAGAAGGACCUGAAGGCGCCCCCACGACAACUGAAGCUGUCAAUGAGGGACAUUAGAUGGCAGUGGAAGCGCGCCGGUUGCCCACGUGCUGUUAUGGGGAACCCCAUCGGAAAACAGGAUCAGGUCUGGAAGUGGCGUGAAUUCUGUAAUGUCGCACUCAACAUGACACCGCACAACAACUUGUGGAUUCUCGCAGAUCAGCAGGGCGAGGAGACCAUCAGGAAACAAGGUGCUACCCUGCGUUCCUAUUUACCGCUGGCGAUGGCGGAGGAAAACGUCUGGAAACUGGUCGUCGAGUUUUUCGAGAAAUGGGAGACAGGCAGAUUGCUCGGACACGACGGCGCAAAGUGGAUCAUGCGGAAGAAGAAAGUCAAAAACGUGAAGCCUGGGGUUGCAUACAUCCAUAAUGACAAGUUGGGAAGGAAGGAGGUCGUGUACAACGUCCCUGUGGACCCGCCGUCGAAGAAAGGCAAAAAGGAGAAAGAGGAGGGCGAGUGGUUCGUGCAAGUGCCAGAGCCGGACGCGCAUUUGUUGGAAAACGAUGGAGUCGCUGACAGACAACGAGAAGUGCUGCGUCCUGAAGAAGGUGCUCGCUUGCGAGGUGGUUUGGGUACAGGCUGGCUCCCGAGCGUUGGCGAAGCUCGGAAAGCUGAGCGUCCAGGAGGUGGUGAAUUUGGUGAAGUGCGACCGGGUGCUGGUGUGUCUGUGGAACUACUACCAGUUCAAGCACGACAAAAGGCCGGACGCGGAUUGGAGCCAGAGGUUCCCGUUCCUGAAAUCAAGUUGUGGGACGGGAGCACGAAAUACGUCACUGACUCCUCGCUGUUCAAGGACUGCCUGCCCUACAUGGACUGCGACGACGACAUAUCGAUAGAGGCGAUGGAGAAGCUGGCCGGUCACAAGAAGCUGUCCGUCGACUGGAGGAAUAAGGUCUUGUCCGUGUUGACUGGCAGUAGACUGAAGAGUCGAGAGAUCGCGCUCGUCGAAGGCAUUGUGCACAUAAAAUGGAAUGACACGGGCGACGUGACAUCCAUCGUGCCAUUCGGCAACGACCCCUUGGAGGCAGACAUACGGAGUGCAGAGGUGAAGGAGGCAGUGGUUGCCACAAAGAGUCACACGUUCGUCCUCGAUCUGUGCGAACCGGUGGACCUGAAGCUUUGGAAACCGCAAGCGUUCGACACUCUGAAUUCCCAACUCCAGACGUGGUGACGGCACGUCAUCGCGAUGGAAGGGAACUCCGAGCUCUUGCAAUUUACAAUUGAUCUCGUCAAAAGCGAGGUCAAUUCGGGUGCCCACAAUUGCGAGUUCAUGGUCGUCACCGAGACUCGGGCUCGCGCGUGGAACAACAAGAUGGACAUGUGGUUCAAGUUGAGUGUGAGGAAGCGGAACAAGAUAUACGACUUCUUGUUCCUGCAAACGCGGCCGAAGAGAGACACCGACGCUGAGUACGUGUGCCGCAAGGACCACAUGUUCACGUUGCUCGACAACUACCACGGCGCCUCCCGCAUGAACGCGAAGACCUUAAUCGAGAGGCUGCAGUCCCUUUACUUCGUGGAGUCAGAGGAGGAGCUGACGUUCGGCAGUUACUCCUCCUUGAUCUCCACGGAAGACGAGGAGACCCGGCAUCGAGUUCGACGCGACCGCGGACGAGGAGGGCAGCGACACCGAAAGCCUCGACCUGCAGUACGACCAACAUUCCGCGCAGCACGGUACAGGGUCGUCCUUGGCAGAGCAGACAGAGAGGACGGACGCGUAGAGCUGGUCAGGACCGGGGGGGCGAGUCGUCAUCCCAAAAUAGACAGCGGUGCGGUGAGGGACGGGACUUCGCCGCCUGCGGGGGAUCGCCAACCGCUUCGGUCGGAGCGUGAGGGUGCGUGUGGAGGGCCCGGUGAAAGGGAGACGGUGAAGUUCGCCGGGAUCCGAACUUCUCCAGGCAAGGAGUGUGGAGGGCCCGGCGACAGGGAGACGGCGAUGUUCGCCGGGAUCCGAACUUCUUCAGGCAAGGCGUGUGGAGGGCCCAUCGACAGGGAGUCGGCGAAGUUCGCCGGGAUCCGAACAUCUUCAGGCAAGGGGGGCCAACCAGGGAUAUUGGUGCAGGCAGGAGGGGCUGCGUGUCGUGGGCGGGAAGCGCAUUCAUCGGGAAUCGACAUGGGUUCAGGCGAAGUGGCUGCAUUGCAUGCAAGGGAAGAAGGCAGGGUGAUGGACAAAGAGAAGGAAGUGGAGGAAGGAGACACAGGGGAGGAAUUGGAGGAAGGAAGGGAUGAAGGGAAGGAAGAAGAGGAUGAAGGAGAGGAAGGGGAAGAAACGGAAUUGGCUGGGUUGCUAGGAGGGCAGGAGGGGGGAAAAGGUGAACUCGAUACACGAGACGACGAAUGGACUUUCGGCGACGACGAUGACAGAUCUGGGGAGUCUUCUGACGGAUUCGGGCAGCUGUACGGAGAACACCGCGAGGAAGACGAGGACGACGAUGACACGGCACUGGGUAUGGAGACACAAGUGGUCACAAGCCUUUCGGCAGAACGUGAUGACUAUGAGGUCCAAGCAAUGACGUCUGCCGUCGAUCUCCAACAUCGGUUCAACGAAGCUCGUGUAGCAGUCAGCCUGACUAAACCGAGUGUGCGUAUUGACAUCGAAGAAGUUAUCGAUGGCAUCCUGGGCGACCACCAAAUAUCCGCGCAGCCAUCCUCGACGCCUGGUGUCGACGACCCUCUCGACGUCAAACCUUCCGGGGGAUCUGUCGUCGAUUUCUCGCCGACAAGCUCUCCGAUGCUGCGGCCGACCAUCGCCAGCGGAGGAGAACGUGGGAUCGGGGGACGACAAGAAGUCACAUCCCCGAAAAAAACUGUCGCCGGCACUCGAGCUCUCGACGUGCUGGCCUUGCCCGCGCCAACUUCCCCAAUUAAGGAGCGAAGAGACAAACCAGCUGGUAAGCAGUGACAAACGCCACUCUGUCUGCGCGCCAGUGACCGCAGUGUCUGUCAAUGCGCACGAGACA